CUUCUCCAUACAUCUUCUCUCAGAUCUAUAAUUUAUUGUUUUCUCUUCUUUUUUUUUUUGUAACACAUCUAUUGUUUUCUCUUCAAAAAUAGUUAUUUGUUGUUCUCUGUGUUUGGCUAAUUCAUCAUCGUGAUAAUGACUUUUAGUACUGUUUCUAAUUUAAAGUAAAUAGUUUAGGGAAAAACCAAAGUUGAUUAGAGUCACAUUCCCUCUUUGUUGAAAAGUCUCUCUCUGUUUAAUUUUCCGUCAAAACUACUCAAAUGAUUUUUGGAGUGUUAAUUAAGUAAUAUUUGAUUUGUUUUAUGGUUAUAAUAUUUCUGAUUCCUUAUGAAAAGUUUAUACUUUUUUUACUAAGUUUUGUUUUUAUAUUUUUAAUCCAGAGAUGGUGUCACAUGAAGAGAACGUAAGUAUUGUGGAAUGGUUUCUUGGUCCGCCUUCAUACACGUAUCCUCCUUAUGGCGUUGAGUUGAUUCACGAGGAAGACCAAUCUCUUCAUCAUCAUCAUCAGAGCGGUGAGUAUUACAGAGAGUAUGAAGAUCAUCAUAGUAGCAGUGAUGUAGAUAACGAUGAGAUCAUUGCAAGAACACUCCAAGACGAUUUUUUGCAGCUUCAAAUUGCAGAAAAUAAUGGCAAUUAUUCAAAUCAUCAUCAGCACCAACAAGAAGAAGAUUAUACUCACAAUUAUAGCAGUAAUAAUAACGAGUAUGGUUGGAACGAUCAACCUACUACUAGGGAUUACUCUUCAGAGUGGUUAGGGAAUGAUAAUGAUCAAGAUGGUUCGCCUAAUAUAUAUUCAUGUUCAAGUCCGAGUGACACGGAGGAGUAUGUGUACUCGUGGGAAUCAGAUCAGUGUGAUACUGAUGGUGAAUUUGGGAGGAGAUUGAAUCAGAUGGUCCCUAUUCCUUAUGUACCGAAAACAAAUGGAGAGAUACCACCUGAAGAAGAAGCGGUUUCAGAUCAUGAUAGACUUCGGAAUAGGUUAGAGAUGUUCGACUUCGCAGAGGUCAGAGUUCCAGGAGAUGGUAACUGCCAGUUCCGUGCUUUAGCUGAUCAACUUUACAAAACAGCAGAUCGUCAUAAACACGUUAGAAAACAAAUUGUAAAGCAGCUUAAAGCUAGUCCAGAUUCUUAUGAAGGAUACGUGCCUAUGGAGUUCUCUGACUAUCUCAAGAAAAUGUCUCGGAGCGGCGAGUGGGGUGAUCAUGUUACAUUACAAGCAGCUGCAGAUGCAUAUCGGGUGAAAAUAGUUGUGCUAACGUCAUUCAAGAAUACAUGUUAUAUUGAAAUUAUUCCCACCUCUCAAGAAUCCAAAGGGGUAAUCUUCUUGAGCUUCUGGGCAGAGGUUCACUACAACUCCAUCUACUUAAACAAAGAUACAUAUGCAACCGAGUUACAGAGGAAGAGAAAAUGGUGGCGUUUUGGAAACUAAACAGAGCAUGGAUGAACCUAUAUUAUUAUUUAUUUAACUUGAGAAAGAGUUGUUCUUUGAAAUAGUUCCUUUGUAGAGAGGAUGAACAAAUCUCACAACUUCAUAAGUCUUGCAAUAAUAGAAGGACACGUGGUCAUAACGUACACAAUAGAUCAUGUAUAAAACUCAAUUUGUUGCAAAAAUCUAAGCAAAACCAUUUUUAAAACUAUCUCAAAAAGCUUAA